GGUACAGUGGUAGAAGACCAAUUAUAUGAAUUUGGCAAGCUUCAAACUAGAGAGCAUCCUUCUCAGUUUUUCAUCUUUAAUGUCAACAAUUCUGAACUGUAUAUCAAACAUGGAACAUUCACGAGUGGUGAGAGUGAGGAAAUAAUGACUAAUUAUAACAACAUAACAUCACAACUGCCUGAAGAUUUCAAACAAUAUUUGAACAAAUUCAACUGCAAAUCAACAGUAGACAUAAGAAAAGCAUUUUUACAAAAAGAAAGCUGGGAAGACAGUUACGAUCAAGAUAAACAUUUCGAUUUAGACUGGAUCAAACAAUCGAUACAUAUGCUUUUACAAGAAGGCGAGGGGGUAUCGGUGGCGUCUGUUGUAAUAAAAACCACCAAAAGAACUUUAGUAGACGUAUACAACUCAGCUAGAAAAAAUAUGGGUCGACGAUUUGAUUUCCUAAUAAGAGAAAAUCACCCAAAAAGCACCACUAGUUUAGAGUAUGGUGCGGCAGAGGUGGCUAAAAAUUACGACUUAAACAGCAACAAAAUGAUAAUCGAAGCUUGCCAAAUUCAUAUAAUUGGUCUGGAUAUAACUAAAUAA